AUGGUUUCACCAUCACGAUUUUCCCUGCUGUCGCGCUUUUCAUGUGCCCAACCAGUGAAACUGUCUAUCCACAGAAAUCUACAUACAAUCACAAAAAAGCAGCCGAUUCACCACUUGGGAAGUCGUUUUUCAUCUUCAACGGCGAAUAAUCAAUCAAGAAGCAGCCUCUUGUAUGGGCUUGUUUGCGGUAUUUUGGCUGGCGGUGCGACGUAUUUCACAACUCGAUAUAUACAAAAUCGGUCACUGUCGAGACAGUUUGCUGUCGGGAACGCUUCAGUAGAUCAUUCGCCGUUUGAACCUGUUUUUGCAACAUCAAAAGUUUAUCCUAAAUUUAUUAAGGAAUUAAAGAAAGUACUCGGUGAAGACAGCGUUUCGAUUGACGCAGAUGAACUCGAGCGGCAUGGGUCCAGCUCAUGGUCUUCUUACCAUUACGUUCACAAUCCCAACGUAGUCGUUUACCCAACUUCAACAGAACAGGUAUCAGCCAUUGUCAAAUUAUGUCAUAAGCAUCGUGUUCCUGUUAUUCCUUUCUCCGGUGGAACCUCUUUGGAAGGGCAUUUUAGUGCGACGUAUGGUGGCAUUUGUGUGGAUUUUAUGAACAUGGAUAAGGUACUAGAAGUACACGACGCCGACUUGGACUGUAUUGUGCAACCUGCUGUAAAAUGGGAGGACCUCAACGACCAAUUGCAAUCCAAAGGGUUGUUUUUCGGCCCCGAUCCCGGUCCUGGCGCCGAGAUUGGCGGAAUGGUUGGCACAGGUUGUUCGGGAACAAAUGCUGCACGAUAUGGUACUAUGCGUGAAAAUGUAUUGUCCAUUACUGCUGUGUUAGCUGAUGGUACAAUUGUGAAGACAAGGAGAAGGCCACGCAAGAGCUCCGCCGGCUACGACUUGACACACUUAUUCAUCGGUUCCGAAGGCACGCUAGGGUUAGUAACUGAAAUUACGCUGAAGUUGCAUGCCAUUCCUCCUUGUCGAAAUGUUGCCGUAUGCCAAUUCGAGUCUAUACACGACGCUGCUACCACUGUGCAGAACAUCAUGCGUCAAGGAUUGAAUGUGGCCGCUAUGGAACUGCUGGAUGAUACGCAAAUGCGCAUUAUUAAUGAGGCUUUAACUUCCCAUUGGGAAGAAAAACCUACUUUAUUCUUCAAAUUUGCCGGCGGCUACAAGGCAGUACAAGAGACAAUUGAUAUUGUAGGCAAACUUGCACGUAAGAACCAUGGUGGAAAAUUUCAAUUUGCGCGAAACGAAACAGAAGCAGAGUCUUUGUGGAAUGCACGUAAACAAGCUCUUUGGAGCACACUUGCCUUUGCCAAAGAGGAUUUACAAGUUUGGACAACCGAUGUUUGUGUGCCGUUGUCUCGUCUUCCAGAUCUCAUUACGAAAACACAGAAAGACUUAAAAGAUGCGGGUUUGCUUGGAGGCAUCGUAUCACACGCAGGUGACGGUAAUUUCCACAGCUUUCUGUUGUAUGACAAAAACAAACCUGAAGAAUUCGAGAAAGCUUCAACACUGGUUCAUCGUCUCGUUUUGAACGCUAUUCACAUGGACGGUACCAUUACGGGUGAACACGGAAUUGGUCUAGUCAAACGUGCCUAUUUGAACGAAGAACUAAGUCCUGAUACUGUAGCCUUGAUGCGUCAACUGAAGUGUGCUCUUGAUCCGCUUGGAAUACUUAAUCCAGGACACGUUCUUCCUCAGCCGGGCGAGAGUGUUUCUCACUAA